AGAUUAGAAGAUUUUAGACUAUUUUUAGCUGAAAAUCUGAUGGUUGGUGGAAAAAAAAUCUUUUUAGAGGAUCGUUCAGAAAAAUAUUUUACACCUACAAGAUUAAAAACUAUUAGAUGAGUUAAUUUUUAUAAAAAUAAAAUAAAAAGAGGAUUUGUACCAAACCAUAAAAACAGAAUACCUUCCUUAUUAAAGAAUAACUUUUUCAUAUUUAGAAAAUGAAAUAUGGCUUUCUUUAAAACAAAUAACAACUUAAUUAGAUACUUCCUAGUAAAUUUAAGAAGAAAAUACCUUAAAUUAAGUAAUAUACCUACUUAUAACAUUAGACUUUUAAAAAAAUUAGUUAGAUUACAAAAAAUAUUAUUUAAUUCAUUAAAAUUGCUUAAUUUUAAUAAAUCUAAAUUUAAUAGCUUAAAUCUAAACUUAAGAAAUUUUGGUUUAAUUAGUUUAAUUGAAAAAUUGUAUAACAAAAAGGUAGAAAUUAAUUUAGUUGAAUUAAGAUCUAUACAUUUAAACAGUGACGUUUUUUCAUCAGCAGUAGCUCUAAAAUUAAGAGAUAGGAAAAAUAAAGCAGUAAGAGUUUUAAGAAAAGCUAUCUUACAAAUGGUAAGAAUACCUGAUUUACAUACACUUAUAACAUUCGAUGAUAAUAUUGAAGCAAUGAAUAAAAACAAUAUUAUAAACACUAUAAAACAACAAGUAGUAAGUGGUGUAAGAUUUGAAGCAUCAGGUAGAUUAACAAGACGUUUAACUGCUAUGAGAGCAGUAUUUAAGUAUAGAUAUGCAGGUAGCUUAAAAAACAUACGUUCCUCAUUUAAUAAUAAAUCAUCUACUAUGCUAAGAGGUUACGCUAAAUCUAAUGUACAAUAUACCCUUAUUAAUUCUAAGACAAGAAAUGGUACUUUUGGGUUAAAGGGUUGAGUUAGCAGUCAUUAAUUAAUGCUAACUAGAUUUUUCACAUUUUAUAGAACAAUAUAUUUACUUAAUAUUGUGUAUAUCUUUAUAUACCUACAGCUAUAUUAGUUGUAUUUUUAUCUAGUCCCUGAUGGGUAGAAAAAAGAACAUGUUCUUUUUUUUUUCAACCCUUUUUUUAUUUUUUUCGACGUAAUUUCGAGUCUUCGAAUUUACUAAAAAAAGAUAAGAGGACUAGUAGUAAUUAUAAAAUAUAAAAGUAUAAAAUUACUACUUCUAUGCCGAAAAAAAGGAUAGACCGCAACAGAUAUCCAUUAUCUGUUGGAAGGCAUAUAA